GCAUCUCCUUUCUCUCCCUUGGCACAGAUCCAAACACGAGGAGAUCGAGCUGGUGAGUGUGGAGGAGUUUUACAAAGACGCCCCUCCUGAAAUCAGCAAAUGGGACAUUACGCUGAACGACCCUCAUGAGCAGACCCUCUCCCGCCUCGACUGGGAACUCGAGCAGCGCAAACGGCUGGCAGAGAAGUAUGAAGAAAGUUUAGCCAACAAAGAGAAGAUCCUCAAAGAGAUAGAAGUGAAGAAAGAAUAUCUGAGCAAUCUCCAGCCUCGGCUUAACAGCAUCAUGCAGGCCUCUCUUCCUGUCCAGGAAUAUUUCGCCAUGCCUUUCGACCAAGUUCACAAGCAAUACGAAAUAGCCAGGCAUCUUCCACCCUCGCUCUACGUCCUCUUUGUCCAAGCCAGCGCCUACGGCCAGGCCUGCGGUGAGUAGCCCGGA